AUGUUCGACGCCGAGCGCGCCGCCGCCAGCCAGCGGCGCGCCGAGCUCUCCUCCAUGUGCCGCACGCUGCGCGCUGCCGACGCCGAGGCGCGGCUGACCCAGAUCCCCGCGGUGAUGAAGGCCUUCCAAAAGGAGGUCGAGCGGCUGACGCAGCGGGCGGUCGCCGCGGAGGACGCCUGCGAGCGGGCCGCCGCCGCCACCGCCACCAGCCCGCCGCCGCUCAGCGAGGCGGCGCUCCGGCAGCACGCCGAGCUCGAGGCGGCGACGGCGCGGGCGGCGGCGGCGCAGCAGGAGGCGGCGGCGGCGCAGCAGGAGGCGGCGGCGGCGCAGCAGGAGGCGGCGGCGGCGCGCGAGGAGGCGGCGGCGGCGCAGCAGGAGGCGGCGGCGGCGCGCGAGGAGGCGGCGGCGGCGCAGCGGUCCCUCGCCGCCGCGGCGGCCGAGGCCUCCUCCUCGCGCGGCCGGCUCGAGUCGGAGCUGGACGCGGAGCGGCGGGGCCGGCGCGAGGAGGUCGCACUGCUCAAGGAGGCGGCGGCCGAGGCGGCGGCCGAGGCGGUGGGCUCGCUCGAGGCGGAGUCCGAGGCGGCGCUCGCAAAGGCGCUCGCCGCCGCCGCCGCCGAGCACGCCUCCGCCCUGCAGCGGGCGGACGCCAGAGCAGAGGCGCGCGCCGCCGUCGACGCCGGCCGGCUAAAGGAGCUUCAGGCGCAGCUCGAGGCGGCGGCCGAGGCGGCGGCGGCGGAGCGGGCCGCCGCGGGCGCCGCCGCGGGCCGCGAGCGCGAGAUGCGGCUGCGCGCCGAGGCGCUCACCGCCGAGCGAGUGACGCAGGCGCAAGAGGCGUCGCUCGCCAAGGAGUCGGUCGGCGCGGCGGAGGAGAGGCGGGCGGAGGCGGAGGCGGCGACGGCGGCGGCGGAGGCGGAGGCGGCGGCGGCGGCGGCGGAGCGGGGCGAGGCGGAGGCGGAGGCCCAGCGCCUGCGCGAGCAGCUCGCCGCGGCGCAGGCCGAGCUCGAGUCGGCGAGCGCAGCGGCGGCGGACGCCGACGGGGCGCGCGCCGCGGCGGCCGGCGAGGCAGCAGCGGCGGCGGCGGCGCAGCGCGGCGCCGAGGGGCGGGCGCAGGCGGCGCUGGACGAGCUCGCCCGCUACAAGGGCAUGGCCGCCAUGGCGCUGCGCUCCAAGGAUGACGAGGCGGCGGCCGCCGCCGCGCGUGCGACGGCCCUCGAGGAGGAGUGCGCGCAGCUGCGGGCGGCGGCCGAGGCGGCGGCGGCGGAGCGGGGCGAGGCGGCGGCGAGGUCGGCGGCGGAGCAGUCGGCGGCGGCGGCGGCGGCGGCGGGCGAAGCCGCGGUGGCGGAGCGGGCGGCGGCCGACGGGCGGCUCGCCGAGGCGGUGAAGCCGCUGGAGGAGGAGAGGGGGGCGCUGCAGGCGCGCGUGGCGGCGCUCGAGGCGGAGCUGAGGAGAGCGCGGUCGUCGCCCGCCGCCGCCGCCGCCGCCGCCGCCGCCGCCGCCGCCGCCGUCACGCCCGAGGCGACUCCGACGCGGCCAGUGCAACGGGGCCGCCCCGGCAGCGGCGGCGGCGCGGCGGCGGCGCCGUCGCCGCCGGACCUCGAGGAGGGCGGCAGCGCGACGCCGCUGCUCGCCAAGGGGGCCAGGGUGGCCGCCAGCGGGCGCGCCACCCCGCGGAAGGUGCUGCUCAUCGUGUACAUGGUGGCGGUCCACCUGGCGCUGCUCGCGUCCCAGGCGUACAAGCUGCACGCGCACGCAUGCCCGCCCUAG